GCGGCGACAUGCCCAUUCUAGCCCUGCCAGAAACUACAACCCGUAUUCUCUGCUCUUCACUCGUCCUCAUUGACGCUAGAUCUGUCGUCAAGGAGCUUGUUGACAACGCUCUCGACGCGCGCGCAACAGCAAUCAGCGUCGAGAUAUCGAACAACACUCUGGAUGUGAUCCAAGUCAAAGAUAAUGGCACCGGCAUUGACGUCCAGGAUCGGCAGCUCCUCUGCAAACGAGGCUGUACUUCCAAGAUCAAGUCUUUGGAAGACCUCGAUCGCCUUGGCGGCUCCUCUCUGGGGUUCCGAGGUGAAGCAUUGGCCAGCAUUGUCGAACUAAGUCACGCAGUAGUUGUUACUACUCGAGUGGAUGGCGAGGUGGUAGGGACAUCUGUCAAGUAUGCUGCCUCGGGGAUGCUUAGUUCUUCCUCUACCUCCCAUCCCGUCGGGACCACGAUUCGCGUGCUGGAUUUCCUCUCAAAGAUACCAGUCAGAAAACAGACGGCGCUCAAGGAAAGCAUGAAGACCUUGCAAGCUAUCAGACUCCUCCUUUUCUCAUUCGCUUUCGCCAGACCCGAAGUGCGUCUGUCGUUGAAAGUACUGAAAGGAAAGAAUGACAAGAUUAAUUGGACUUAUGCACCCACCCCAACACCUUCAAUUGCUGAGGUGGCGACGAAGAUUCUGGGGAAGGAGAUUGCUUCUGAAUGUACACCGUACAAAGUUUCUGCGGACGAUUGUGAUGUCGAACUUGACAACGGCUGGAAAAUCAACGCUCUCCUGCUCUCGGCGGCUCCAGGCUCUGCCAAUGCUCGAAAUGCUCGGCAAUACAUUUCUAUCGACGGCCGCCCCGUCAACACGGAUCGAGGCACGAUGCGGGAAGUGGCCAAGUCUUACAAGCGCCACCUCCAGAAAACUCUCCCAUCCUCAGACAGCUCUUCGGUCUCAAGACCUUUCCUCCUUAUGCAGAUUCAAUGCCCUCCCCAAAGCUACGACGUCAACGUAGAGCCCACCAAGGAUCAAGUCCUUUUCGCUCAACCUUCUCAACUACUGUCUCUGGUGGAAAGUUUGUUUGGCCGGGCGUAUUCUGGGCUUGAAAACCGCGACAUUGAAAUAUCGGACAAUGACAAGGCGACGCCAACUCCAGCGAUUGUUACCACAUCCAACCAACAAACCUGUCGUGGAGGUCUUGCCGAUACUGAAGGGGACGGACAUUUAUUGCAACAAGACGACUUUCCCGUUGCAACCGACACGGCAGAAACAGUGACACCCACAUCAAGCGUGCGGAAUCCUUUCACAAUUGCUGCGAUGACUGCGCAAAUAAAACCUAGGAAGAUGGAUUCGAACCAAGCUAGGGCAACAUCCGACUUGUACGCCAAUAUUCUGACGCACGGAGAGGACGUUGUGACGUCUGAGAAUGUCUCCACUACGGUGACCACCUCAAGGACGCAUUCAGAAGCUCCAUCAGAUAAUCCGAAUUUCGGCCCCUCGCUGUCUCCUAGACCGGGCCCGCCCAUGAGAAGACCAAGCAAGACGUCAAGGAGCAGAGAAAAUGAAGCAUCAGGCACAGGAAUCUCGAAUGACACCAAUGCUAUAUCCAUCCCAGAAAAGUUGGAUUUACAAGGAUGGCUGACCCCGAAGCCUGAAUCACAUCCACCCUCGGGCUCGGUCUCGGACACGAGCCCAAGAUCUAAUACACUGUUGUCACCUCCUUUCAGCUCUCAGAUGCAUCGGGGAUGGGGAGCAGGCCAGAAACCCUUCAAGGUGCCGCUGAGACGCCAAGAUCAAGCUGAAUCUUCCGGUGUUGCGGCGCUAACACCACCUUCAAGCCUUCGUAGUCAUCACCAGCUGGCAUUACAGAAGGACCUCCGGGGUCUUCCUACGAUAUCGAAGAUAAGCAAGGCUGUCAGUGAAGAUGUUCCUUCCGAUCAGCAAGUUCAACUGAGAAGGACCACCGUCAGUCUUGAAAGGUCCCCAGAGAGCAUGCCUCCGCAGCCAAAUUCUGAACUGGACGAUAUUAUGGAUUUUGAGCACCGAAAGAAAGCGGCAAUAGCUUAUCAGAGAAGAAGUAUCAGUAGUCUCACAUCUGCUUCUCUCGAAGCACUGGAUAGGUCGAGCCAGGUUGAGUCAAGUUCUGCCUCCCCCCGGGUUUCUGCCGAGGCCGAGCCAUUACAGGAUGCAGGCACUGAGGAUUAUGGGGCGAAAUUUAGAGCCUCAGAGACUCGAGUCCCGAUGCCGCUGACUCCGAAUCCGCAUCGGAAUCGCUACCUUAAGGCCCUGCAGGAUUUAUCACAUCCUCGCCCUCUGCCGGGAGCUGAGCUUCAACGCGAGCCCGACGAACAGAACGACAUAUUAGAUACACAUAUACCAGACAGCCCCUUAAGGAAGCCCGAGCUUCCUACCGACGACCCACGCGCCUACUUCAUGAGACAUAGGGAGAAGAAUACAAAUGGAAAGAUUUACCGAACAAAGUCAUCCAAGAUGCCCCUUGAAAGAACGCCUCCAGAACUGGCGACCUACAAUCUUGAUUUGACCUUGAAUGCAUUCAAGGACGCUGUAACCGUGUAUGAAAAGGUCGAGGCGUUAGGCACCAUUGAUCCCUACAUCAUCCGCGGCCAAACGCAAUACAUGGAUCUCGACGAAAGCGACGCGUCCAUAGAUGAGAAAUGGAGAUCUGUUCUGCAGAAGAUGGUCAGGGCAACCUUCCGCUCCAGAGCGGAUGACGGGAGGGAAGUCAUUCCAGAGGAUCUGAGAAUUGUGGUGUCAAAAGUGUCUGGAAGCUAGAACGAGGUGUUUAUUAUCUGCAAUCUCGAGCGGCGGAAAUUUGGACGGCAGGGUUUGUUAACGCGCAGAGCCAAGAUCAAAAGGCACUGUGUUCCGAUACCCCUGGCUCGCUAGGGCUUCGUUGUCAAUAUCUGAAAUGCGUUCCCAGCGGUAGAAACAAGUGAUACCUCUUGCGGC